AUGGGCCUCAACCGUCGGUGUGCCGGUUUCUUGACUGGAGGUGGAAAUAGUUUCUUCGCCAGUGCUUACAAUUUCGGCUGCGACAACGUUAACUUCAAGGUGGUUCUGGGUGACGAAACCAUCGUCAACGCUAACAAAUCAUCGAAUCUAGGUCGAGGGUUUGCGCUCAAAGGAGGCCAUGGCAAUCUUGGUGUGGUCAUACGUUUUGGUAUGACCGCCAUUCCGCCUGAGAAGCUGUUCAAACAGACAGUAGACCUUGCGGCACUAACGAACACAGACAAGGACGACACGGGAGUUGUAGUCGGAGCCGGAACCCAAGGUUACUCGAGGGGAACUCUAACCUGA